GUCGACGAAGGAGGUUGCUGCAAAGCUUAUAAACGUUCAAAAUGGUGUCUACAAAGAAAGCAAAAAAGUCCUCUGAGAAUAUCAAUGCCCGUUUGGCUCUGGUAAUGAAGAGUGGUAAAUACUGCCUGGGCCAUCGACAGACAUUGAAAACAUUAAGACAAGGCAAAGCUAAAUUGGUUAUUAUUGCCAAUAAUACACCUCCUUUAGUUAAAAGUGAAAUCGAGUAUUAUGCUAUGUUAGCUAAGACUGGUGUCCACCAUUACGCUGGUAAUAAUAUAGAAUUGGGUACUGCUUGUGGUAAAUACUUCCGAGUUGGAGCUUUAAGCAUCACUGACCCAGGUGAUUCUGAUAUUAUUAGAAAUAUGCCAACAGACACAACUGAAUCUAAAUCUUAAAUUGUAAUUACUGAAUAAAAUUGUGUUACAAUUUUUA